AUGGUUGAAUGCGUUGACGAUUUCCUAGGACCUGAAUGUACAGUCCCACUUGAACUCAUGCUUGAGUCAAUGCAAAGUGAAUUAAUGCACCCUAGAGAACGUAAGUUGUCAUUUGUCGACUUACUAAGCCAUUCAUAUUCGUAUUACACAGAUGUAAACUCUUUGCCCAGCAUAGAAUCUAUGCCUGAGCACUUUGAUGAGCAAGCCCUUACACAAUCUUUCAGCACCCAAGAUGAUGGGGAAAUCACUUUAAACCCUUUAAUUUAUGAUAUUUAUGAGACUCAAAUGCAAAAACUGAAGAAAAAAAAACAAGUCGUUACGAAAGAGACCGUUGUAGUCAUACACAAGCCUGUCGAAUUAACGCCAGACCACAUUAUCGGUACAAUUACUCUUGAAGAAAGGCGAAAAAAGAUCAAAAAGUACCUAGAAAAAAGACAACGAAGAACGUGGAACAAAAAAAUUUCAUACGACUGCAGAAAAAGAGUUGCUGACAAUCGUCUUACUCCCCCUCCGUAAGUGAACAAAACCAUUAGAAAAAUCCCUAUUUUUUGCCCAAAAAUCCAUCCUCUGUAAGCGAACAAAAAUUUUUUAUGAAAAAAAUUUAUAUAUAAGUGAUAAUUAGUAUAAUGAAAUCUUGAGCUAAUUCUGUUUAAUUUAAACAAGUUGUGUUUUAAAGCAUAAAUUUAUAAAUUAAAUUAAUAUUUGCUUUGCAAUUUUUGCGAAUUAGGAUUUCUUUAAAUUUUGAAAAUAAAAAUUUCUAAAAAUUAUAUAUAAAUUGUUUUAAAAAAAAUAACUCGUGAGCGAACAAGAUUUUUUGUUCGCACACGGAGCGGGGGUUAGAAUUAAAGGGAGAUUUGUCACAAAGGAGCAAGCAAUUGCAAUCCUUGGUAUAGACCAUCCAGCUGUACAAAAUUUGCUGGCAAUGGAGAGAGAAAGUCAAAUUAUGGUUUUUAAAUUAUAUAAGGCAAAAUGAGCAUAA